AGGUUGUAGCAGUCGCGUCCUAACAUUUAAUAGUCGUUUUCUGUAGAAAGAGUUUUUAACAGUAACUAAACUCGUUUUUGGUAUCAAAAAUUAGAACCGUUUUAACACUUUUUGGAAUUUAUGUAAUAAAAAAUUAAUAAAAUCCGCAGGUUCUUCUUCCAGCACAACUGUAUAUCAAACAAAAUACAAUUUCGCGACAGAUAACGAAUACAUCGAGAGAAACACCAACGACUGUCGCCGGAAAUUUUUAAUACCGCACUGGUUCUGUGAUGAAGUGUUUUUAGUGAUCUAGUUUUAAUUGAAAUAGUGUUUAAAGUGUAAAUUUUUAGCCUAAGAAAACAUUUAACAAAUAAGCAUGAAAGGAAGAGAGAAGCUUUGCGCCAAACUGUCCAGCGCCUUUCUUAGGAAGUGGUGGUUCGUGGUUGCAGUAUCCAUAGGAUUCUUACUAUUCGGAAUAAUAGUAGUUAUAUUCUUCAUGAGUUGGGUUAAACUAGUCAUAAACCACGAAGUGACGUUACGAGAUGGAACGCAAGCCUUCGGGUGGUGGGCAAAGCCGCCUGUGACGCCGAUAAUACGGAUCUACAUCUACAAUGUGACCAACGCUGAUGAGUUCCUCAACAACGGGUCGAAACCUAUCGUGGACGAACUCGGUCCAUACGUAUACACUGAAAAAUGGGAGAAGAAAAACAUAACUUUCCACGAAAAUGGUACCUUAUCCUUCAACCAAGAGAAGAUAUACUAUUUUGACGAAUCUCAGUCCGCGGGAUCUGAAGAUGACGUUGUGGUUGUUCCUAACAUUCCUAUGCUGAGCGCUACGUCGCAGUCCAAACAUGCAGCCAGGUUCCUCAGGCUGGCCAUGGCGAGCAUCAUGGACAUCCUGAAGAUCAAGCCCUUCGUGGAGGUCUCCGUAGGACAGUUGCUCUGGGGUUACGAGGACCCCCUGCUGAAGCUCGCCAAGGAUGUCGUGCCCAAGGAGCAGAAGCUGCCUUACGAGGAAUUCGGACUCAUGUAUAACAAAAACGGCACCUCCCAGGACAGGCUGACUGUCUUCACCGGCGCCAGCGACAUCACCAAAUACGGUCUCAUAGACAAGUGGAACGGGAAAUCGAAUCUGUCCCACUACACCACUGACCAGUGCAACAGCGUGGAGGGAUCUGACGGUUCCAUUUUCCCUCCCCACAUGACCAAAAACACGACCAUCCACAUAUUCGACAAGGAUCUCUGCAGGAGAUUGCCUCUAGUUUUUGACAAGGAAGUGGUUGCCAGCAGCGAUAUUCCAGCCUACAGAUUUACACCUCCCAAAAACGUCUUCGGGAGCGUGGAAGAGAAUCCAGACAACGCCUGUUUCUGCCCGCAGGGACCUCCGUGUGCUCCCUCUGGAUUCUUCAACGUUUCUCUAUGCCAAUACGACUCGCCGAUUCUUCUGUCCUUCCCUCACUUCUACCUCGCAAACGACAGUUAUAGGACCGCCUUCGAGGGCAUUUCCCCUCCAGAUCCAGAAAAGCACAACUUCUACAUCGACGUCCAGCCUAUUAUGGGUACCGCGAUGUCCGCCAAGGCCAGAGUCCAAGUCAACCUUGCUGUCUCGCAGGUGAUCGACAUCAAGCAGGUGGCCACCUUCCCGGAUAUCAUUUUCCCCAUCAUUUGGUUCGAGGAGGGUCUGGAAUCUCUACCAGCGGAAAUGACCAACUUGAUGGGCCUGGCGACCACAGUUCCGCCGAUCGCGAGGGCGACCAUAGCCGGCAUCCUCUUCGGGUUGGGCGCCGUGCUCCUGGUCAUAGCCAUAUGGCGACUCGUCAGGGGGGCCAACAGACUCAGCUCGCUGCACCUCGCGCCUGGCCACAUCAGUCAAACCAACAAAACGAAAGACGUCCCCAUGAGCAACGUGCCCAAAUACUGAGCGUUCGGUUUUCCUUGUAGAAAUUCUUUUCGGGUUUUCAAAACGCAAAAUUUGAUGGACAUAUUUUUGAUAUAAAUGUACAUGUGUAUAAUAAAACAACGAAAUACAAGUUAGGGGAGCGACUUAUUCCGUGGGUUGGUAGACUCGUUUAGGUUAGUUUUUCAAAUUUCGCGCCAGUCUACUAAAUUAAAAUUAAUUUAUUGCUAAAUUCUUACCCAUCCAAAAUUAUCGCCCGUUCUAUGUACUUCUUAUCCUUCCCCUGUUAUCCUUAAACCAAAUAUAUACAGGGUCUUCAUCUUUAUGAUUGGCAUUUGUAGAAACCCCAACUGUUUCCCUUCAGGAUAUUUCGCAUCAGAUGUGAACUGUUGUCAACUGUAAAGAUCAUCCUUGAAUUCCCUACACUUAGACUAUUAAGAAGAUAAUUUGCUCAUGUAUAGAUUUUUAACUAACUAAUUAGACGUUAUUUAGGUGUUGUUCGGAACAUGAGGUGCUGUGUGAAUGUAUAUAAGUACAAAUAAUUAGAAGGUCCGGAUAUUUGCAAUACGUAAAAUAAAAUAAGACUUUCGGCCUUGCUUUUAUGAGUCGAAUGAAUUCGGUGAAAGGAACGUAACCUCGAAUAUUCGACUGUCAACUGUCAGAAGACGUUUGCCUGUCGAAAUGUUUGAGGUUAUGUGUGGCGACAUGGAGUCAUGUCGGUUAUAGUUAAUUUUUAGGAAUUGUUGUGUCGAUUUAAUGACGUUAAGGCUAUGAAUUUCUUGGAUAUUUCGGGAAUGUUUCAAAUUUGACCGUGUCAAAUUAUUAAUGACAUUUUUAGGCUUGUUAAAAUGGCGUAGGUGCCCUUUUUGUAAUUUUUUGUACAUUGUUUCCUUAGGCCAAGUUUUUAUAUACUUAAUAUUUUGUAUUGGUUGUAUUAUAUGUUUAGACAAUAAAGUUUUAUAUUAUUU